AUGACUGUAUUUGGUUGGUUGAUUGUUUGGUUGGCCCGGUUGUUUGGUUGGCCCGGUUGUUUGGUUGGACCGGUUGUUUGGUUGGGUGGUUGGUUGUUUGGUUGUUUGAUUAGUUGGUUGGUUGCUCGGUUGGUUGGCUGGUUGGCUGAUGAUGAUGAUGAUUAUGAUGAUGAUGAUGAUGAUCAUGGUGUUGGGACGGGAUGA